GUGAAGUAGAGAAUAGUGGAAAGUUGUAGUUGAAUCGCAAUCUUGAGCUACAAAAUUUGAAUUUGAACUUUGAAAAUUAGGACCAGUGCCCAGUGGACUUUGCUUUAUUACACUGAAUAGAAUUGGAUUUCAUGUCACGUUGGAGACAAUGAAUCUGGAUAGAAAUUUAAUCGAAGUGAGUUCGUUUUCUAUUUUAGAAAACAACUAUGGGCUAUCGGAUUUGGAACAGCAAGGUCACUGUUUAGUUAAUAAAAUACAAUUAUUGGAAAACCAAUUGCAAGAUGCGCAUAUAAAAAUCCAGGCUUUGACUUUUUCCAAGAUGGAAUUGGAAAAAAUAUUAGAAAAAGAAAAAAAGGAAUCAGAAAAUACGAAAGCUCAACUGAACAUAUUUCAAGACGCAAUGCAGAAUUGGGAAAAAGAACGAUUGCAUGAAAAAUGUUCAUUAGUUAUGCAAUCGUUACAACUCGAAAUUCUACAGAAAGAAAAAAAUUCGUUAAUUGAAGAACUAAAAGACCUUGAGGAGAAAAAUGUGAAACUAACAUUACAAAUUGAAGACAACCAUAAACGAUUGCAGAAUCAGAAUGAUUUCGCCAACUUGAUAAAUUCUAGUAGGAAGACAUUUGAGACGACUGUUGAAAAAGUGUACAGCGAAAGUCAAAAAUUAGAAAAAGAAUUCAAUUUUUUAAAAAAACAAGUAACAUUAUCAAAACAUUCGGGAGAACAGAUGAUCGUGUUGUUGAAACACCAUCAUGAAGCGUUGAAUAAAGUUUAUGAGGAAAACGACGAUCUAAAAAGAUCGAUUUUCAAAAAAGCGGGAGAAUUAAAAUCAAAGAAAAAUAUUGCAGAAAUGAGCCAUACAAGUACAAAUUUAAGCGAUGGCGAAGUUGAAAUUUUACGAAAAAAAUUGAAAGAGAGUGAAGAAAAGUUACUCGAUUUAAAUCGUAAACUUGAUUCAGAAAUCGAAGAAAAGAAAAAACUGAAAGAAACUUUGAAUAGUACUCUGAGUGCUCAAAUAAAAUUCAAUGAAAUGGAACAAUAUUUUCGUAGUUGCAUCAACGAUUUAGAGAAGCGGUUGAAAGAAAAUUUUCAAUCAAAUGCGAGCUAAGGUUCGACUGAAUUCCAACUUUCCAAGUAAUACCUGAAUUUUCUAUUUGCAUUCAUAAUCAUAAUUCGAUUUCGAUUCGAUGCCUAGGAGAAUGUACUUUUUAAUAUGCCUGAAUGUUGUAAAGUUUUAAUGUAACUUAACAUUUCGUAUGUAUAACUUCAACUCGUCGGUAAACUAAUCAAUAAGUAUGGUACUACAUACAUAAAUAACAUGAUGGAAUUAUCUAUCUAUUGAUAUUUUAAUAAAAUUAUUAUUUGAGUAAA